GUACAGACGCCAUUUUGGAAGAAAAUGGUGUUUGUGUUUUCAGUUUUGUCCACACUUUAGUCGCAAGAAAAGGAUUUUGCGGCCUAAUUUACGUAUCUUUAGUAGUGAGGCUGAAGAAGUAUUUUCUUGGAGCCUAUUUGGAAGUAAUCUGAGGAAACAGACCGGUCUCUGGGGUAGUUUUGGGGCGAAUAUUUUCGCUAGAAAGACAGAGCUCACCUCGGCAAGGAAGAAAGCUCGAGACCGAGUUUCUUGGUUUUGGUUUGUUGAGUUCGAAGCGGAGAAAAGCCGAGCAUGUCCGCCAUGGAGAGGGGACCAGGACCGGGCUCCAUGGAGAGGAACAGUUUCCUCAUCCAGUCCACGGCCGGAGCUGUGCCAGUACGAAAUGAGAAAGGUGAAAUUACGAUGGAGAAGGUAAAAGUGAAACGAUACGUGUCCGGAAAAAGGCCCGACUACGCUCCACAGUCCAGUGAUGAAGAAGAGGAAGAUGAUGACUUCCGCCUGAAGCGCCAAACCGAGGUUAUCAUCCAACCGUCCGCUUCAAGUUCAACAGCUGCUGACAUGGCCGAGGUGGAUGACCCCCGUCUCAGACGUCUGCUCAAAGCUCGUGCUGCGGAGGACGAGAGCAGCGAUGAAGAGUUGGAUAGGGUUGCGCGUCACCGGAGAGUCCUGGAGCCGGAGGUUCUGGAGGAGGCAGAUGAGGAGGAUGAACCUGAGCGGCUGGCGCGGGAAGAGGAGAGCAGCGGGGAGGAGGAUCUGGACGAGGAGGAAAUCGAACGCCGGCGUAUGCUGAUGAGACUGAGGGCGCGGGAAAGGGCACAGGCUGAGGAGGAAGUCAUGGAGCUUGUAGAAGAGGCAAAAGAAGAGGAAGAAGAAGAAUCUGAGGAAGAGUCAUCAGAAUACGAGGAGUACUCAGACAGUGAAGAUGAGGCUGGGCCCAGACUCAAGCCUGUCUUUGUCAGAAAAAAGGAAAGGGUGACCAUACAGGAGAGAGAACAGCAAGCACAGAAAGUGAGAGAACUUGAAGAGGAAGCCAAGAAGAUGGCAGAGCUAAGAAGAAAGGGUACUCUUAAGAUUGUUGAAGACAUAGCGCGAAAGGAAUACGAAAACAACCCCAACAAGCUAGAAGAAGACCAGUUUGGUGACAUCGACACUGAUGAUGAUAACGAUGAAGAAGAAUACGAGGCUUGGAAAAUACGGGAACUCAAGAGGAUCAAACGUGAUCGCGAAGAGCGGGAAAAUCUGGAGAAGGAGAAGAUGGAGGUAGAACGUAUGCACAACAUGACGGAGGAAGAAAGGCGGGCGGAACUCCGCACCAACCCCAAACAGGUGACCAACAAGGCGCCCAAGGGCAAGUACAAGUUCCUGCAGAAGUACUACCACAGAGGAGCUUUCUUCAUGGACCGAGACAGCGAUGUGUACAAGCGUGAUUUUGCCCAGCCAACCCUGGAGGACCACUUUGACAAAACCAUCCUACCCAAAGUCAUGCAGGUCAAGAACUUUGGACGGUCCGGUCGUACAAAAUAUACCCACUUGGUUGACCAGGACACGACGCAGUUUGACUCCGCCUGGGCGCAGGAUUCUGCUCAGAACACCAAGUUCUUUGGCAACAAGGCAGGCGGCAUGAAACAGAACUUCGAGAGACCGUCAGCGAAAAAGCGAAAAGCAAAGGAAUAGUCAUGGGUCAUAGUGCAGGGCUAGGAAUCCUUUUUUUCUGCGUACAUACACUGGUGCAGGUAACAUUGAAAAUUACAAAUUUUACCUGCCCAGUACCAAUCAGAAUUUGAAGAGUAUGGAUCAUACUAAAACUGUUCAGAAACCAUUGCCGUUAUUUCUUUUAUACUUCAGAGGUGGUAACAGUCAAUGCAGGAAAGAAAAAUCCACAUACAGCUAGAUUUGUAUAUAAAGCCAGCACUUGCACCAGUGCAGGUUGGGUGCAGGUAGACAUCAGAAAUACCUGCACAGCACUAAGGUCCAUGUGUACUUUUUCGAUCCCUGUAUGUACAUGUAGAUGUUAGUUUUGAUAUGUGGUUAAGUGUUGGUAACCAGUCCAAAUUCAUGAUAACAUUUAGGAAAAGGCACUCGGAGGUACUGCAAAUCUUGAAACAUACGAGGUGGUUUUAUUUUCUCUUUGACCUCUUCAUUGUGAAUUAAUACACUGUGAAUAUGCAUUUCCUAUGUACUGUAGAACAUAAAAAUUGUUUUAAAAACAAAUUCAAACCAGCAUGAAGAUCUCCUUUUCCCUCCUGAGUUGUGGAUAAGCCAGUAACAUUGUUUGAUGAAAGAUGACUGGGCAGUUUGUUAUGUAGUUUACACAGAAAAUAUCUUUGUAAAGUUGAAAAAAAAAAGUUGCGUUUUUGUCCUUUGUUUCAAACUGUGGUCAUCGAUUUCUCUUUUUUUUCUUCAAAGCAAUGAAAACUUACAGUAACUGUAGAUCUUGUACAUUUAUCCAUUACAUAUGAUCCAUUGCAUUGAGUUUCAAAAGAUAGGGGAAGUUAAUUCUCAAUUUCUCAUAUAAUCUUUUCUUAGUGAAUGCAACUAAUACUACUACCCAACAUGUACUGUUUACAUGGUAAAUACUGAUAUAAUGGCUACCCCUCUUUUCUUUGGCAAACACACAAUCGGUUUGUGCUCCUAUAUAACUUAUAGACUAAGUCAAUAUGUACAGCGUUUUUUUUUUGCCACAUAUGCAUUGUUUUAACUGUAAAGUGAUAAUGUACAAGCAAACUAGACUCAAGGCUAACAUACCAACACCAAAACUAUUCUACUCCAAAAGGGACCAGGUCGUAUUAGGAAUGGAUCAGAAAAAGAGAGAAAUAUCUGAAAAUUUC